AUGUCGUCCUAUGCGCAUAAAGUCAACGACCCGACCGCGACAAUUGCGUCGCUGCAGGAGCAGAUUGCUACACUGCAGUCGCUUAUAGAGAAUACAUUCAAGAAGCCGAUGGCCGAGUGCCUCGCGGAGCUCGAGGGAACCGACGCCUCGGCACGUGCGGCGGAUGCACAGGCCGCCCUGCAAGGGCGCCUUACCGGCGCCAAGCUGCUUGUCAGCGCUGCAUACGUCUACCUGGAUGUGAUCUGGAUGUAUCUGAAGAGCAAGGGCAUCGAUCCCAAGACGCACCCAGUCCACGACGAACUGGAACGUGUACAGGCCUACUUUACCAAGCUAAAAAAGGCGGCAGGAUCUGAAGAGGGCCCGUCGCAGCGCAUCGACCAGGGUGCCGCCGCACGCAUGAUUUCCGCAGCCGCCGGCGAGAAACGCAAGCACAAGCGCUUUGACGGUGAAGAGGAGGACGAAAAGAGCGAGCCCACCAAACCCACGAGCCAAAAGGCAUCGAAAAAGGAGAGUAAGGCCAAGGACGCCGCCAAGGCCGAGCCCAAGACGACCCCUGAAAAAGACUCGGCCAAGUCUAAAGGCGAUGCAAAGACCAAGACCAAGAAAGCCGACAAGCACGAGCCCAAGAAGCGCGCCGACGCACCCAAGAAGAAGCGCGCCCACGCAUAG